AUGGAUAAAAUAAAAAUUGUGCAACCUAAUAAUAAAGAGAAUUUAAAAAACACUAGUGAUAGUCAAAUACAAAAAUUCUAUAGUGGAAAACAUAUAUUUUUUACAGAAUAUACUAGUCUUCUUGGAAGUAGCAUUUUAGAAAAAAUUCUAAUUACGUGCACUGAAAUUAGCAAAAUUUAUGUUAUGAUUAAUGUAAAAAAUGAUGUAUUGAUAAAAGAACAAUUGAAAAAAUAUUUUCAAAAUGAGAUAUUUAAUACGUUACGCGAAUCGAAUCCGAAUUUUAUAGAAAAAGUCGUACCAAUUUAUGGUGACUUAAGCAAAGCCGAUUUAGAUCUAUCAUCAGAAGAUCGUCGAUGUUUGGUGGAAAAUGUGAAUAUAAUAAUUUAUAAUGGAUCGGUCGUACAAUCAAAAAAAGUAUCCUAUAUAUUACGUUCAAACGUAAUUGCAACGCAAACACUUCUUGAAUUAGCUACGGAAUGUUCGCAUUUAGAGGCAUUCGUAUAUGUUUCAACUACAUUUUCUCAUUCUUAACAAAUCAUCGAAGAAAAAUUUUAUCCUGUUGUGGGCAAUAUAAAGCUAAUCGAAGAUGUGAUACGGGUCGAUGAAGAGAAUGAAUCUGGAAUUACCAAUGAAGCACUACGCGAUAUCAUAGCAGACUCGGUAAAUUUGUAUGCCUUUAGCAAAGCUUAUGCUGAAGAUUUAGUUUACAAUUUUGGCAAAAAAAAAUCGCUUCCUUGUGUUGUCUUCAGGCCUUCCAUGGUUGCAUGUACAAAUGAAAAGUUAAUUCCAUUAAAGAAUAAAAAUGAUGUACUAUUGUUAGCGAAGGCAAUAAGUCUAGGUUACAUACAUGUAAUCAAUCUAAAGAAAACUGAUACUAUGGAUCUAAUUCCAAUUGAUAUGACAGCUAAUAGUCUUUUGGCAAUGAUUUGGGAUUUCGUUGUUUAUAGGAAAAAAGAUGAACCACAACAAGUAUAUAAUUAUGGAUCUUCUGAUUGGAAUCCCAUAACAGUAGGUUCGGCGUCAGAAAUGAUAUUUAAAGAAAUAGAAAAAAAUCCAUCAGAUAAUGUAAUUUGGAAACCGUAUUUAAUAUAUAUUCAAAAUAUUUGUCUUUUUUCGAUACUUAAUAUAAUAUUGAAUAUUAUUCCUGGUAUAUUGAUUGAUUUAAUCUUAUUAAUUAGUGAAAAGGAACAACCACCAAUUAUGAAAACAAUUCACAAGCUGAAGAAAUGUUAUUUCCCAAUUAUACAAAUCUUCAAAGCUAAUCACAUUAUAAAAACAAAUAAAUUUAAAGAAUGUCUAACACGGAUGAAUACAACCGAUUUAAAAGAAUUUCCUUUUAAUUUAGCAACACUGAAUUGGAAUGAUAGCAUGGUUAAAUUAAUGACAUGUUGUCGAAAAGAAAUGAAUGAGCCAGUAACCGCAAGUCCUGCCACAAAGAAAAAGUAUCGAAAUUUAGUAAAGUUACAUUUCAUUACUUGUGCUUUACUUAUGCUUUUUUUAUUGUAUUUUUUCUAUAGGAUAUUGUCUAAUUUUUGUCACCACUAUCAUUAUUGAUAUAAUAAACAUAAGAUGAAGUUAUCAUA